GUCCUCUCGCCCGCGGUGGCGACCCACGAGGUUAUCGACGUUCAUCCCAUACACCUCUUAGCCUCUUAUAUAAGUCUCCCGCCCUCUCCUCCCAUACUCACCGUGGUGGAGACUAACAGGGGACUCGAUCUUGUCCUGAACUAUCAUCUUCGCCGGCUCUCUGGGUCUUGCGAUGCUCUCCCUCACGCUCAGGCGACCUUACGCGCUUCGCGUCGCUCGGCGUACGUCCUACGCGCUCGCACGGCACUACAGUGCAGGAGUUGAGGCCGUCCCCAACAAGCGCAAGACCUGGGACUCGGUAGACGACGCCGUGAAGGACGUCAAGUCGGGCGAUACCGUGCUAGUUGGCGGCUUCGGGCUUGCUGGUCUGCCAGACACCCUCCUGCAGGCGCUCGUCAAGCGUGGCGAGGUUACUGAUGUUACCGGCGUAUCGAACAACGCUGGGGCGCCAGGUCACGGACUGGGUCUCCUCCUCGACUCUGGUCAGAUGAGCAAGGUCAUCGCUUCCUACCCCGGCGGCAACAAGACCUUCGAGUCCAAGUACCUCAAGGGCGAGAUAUCGCUCGAGCUCGUCCCACAGGGCACGCUGGCCGAGCGCAUCCGCUCACACGCCGCCGGCAUUCCCGCCUUCUACACGCCAACGGGUGCGAACACGGCAGUCGAAACCGGCAUGAUCCCCAUGCGCUACAACCCUGGCGGUGCGUCGAAGGGCGUGCAGAUACCGGGCAUUCCGAAGGAGGCGCGCGAGAUUAAUGGCCGGCGAUACGUCCUGGAGACCGCCAUUCCAGGCGACGUCGCGUUCGUGCGUGCGUGGAAGGUGGACGAGGUUGGGAACUGUGUGUUCAGAUAUGCAGCACACAAUUUCAGCUCCGUCAUGGCGAAGAACGCAAAGCUGACUAUCGUCGAGGCCGAGAACAUCGUCCCCGCUGGCGCCAUCUCUCCCAACGCCAUACAUCUCCCUGGCAUCUACGUCGACCGCAUUGUUCGUGCCACCGCGCCCAAAGAAAUCGAAUACGUCACUCUAGCGAAGGACCCAUCCUCCUCCUCUUCCAAACCCAUCGACCUCAAGCUGGACAACCGACAUAAGAUUGCGAAGCGCGCAGCGAAGGAGAUCAAGGACGGGUUCUACGUCAACCUGGGAAUUGGUAUGCCGACGCUGGUGCCGGAGCACCUGGAGCCGGGAGUGAAGGUGUGGAUGCAGAGCGAGAAUGGGAUUUUGGGUAUGGGGCCGUACCCGACAGAGAAGGAGUUGGACCCAGACCUAAUCAACGCAGGGAAGGAGACGGUGACGCUCUUGCCUGGUGCUUCGGUCUUCGACUCAUGCGAAUCCUUUGCCAUGAUUCGCGGCGGGCACGUCGACGUCUCCAUCCUCGGUGCUUUGCAAGUAUCCGCAGCGGGAGAUAUCGCCAACUUCAUGAUCCCCGGCAAGAUGCUCAAGGGCAUCGGGGGCGCGAUGGACCUCGUCUCGAACCCUGACAAGACGAAGGUCAUCGUCCUCACCGAGCACACCGCGAAGGAUGGCUCGCCCAAGAUCCUCAAGGAGUGCACCCUGCCGCUCACCGGCGCGCGCGCCGUCAGCCAAAUCAUCACCGAGCUCUGCGCCUUCGAUGUCGACCGCGCGAAUGGGGGCUUGACGCUGGUAGAUCUUCAGGAUGGGGUGACGCUGGAUGAGGUGCGGGCGAAGACGGGGUGCGAGUUCAAGGUGCGGGGGCAGUGAGGGGAGGAUGGAGUAUCUAAGGGAGCGGAAAGGAAGGGUGGAGCUAGCACACAAGGAAGCAAUGUUGUAUUCUUCGUUGCAAUGCAUAUGGAAGGUCCAGUACACGGAGUGAUACUUUGGCAGAGCCGGGGCAAAGGUUCUCGGCGGGCUGGC